AUGGAUUAUAAAGAUGAGCAGAAUAAUGAAAUUGAAGCUUUAGAUUCAAUUUAUUGUGGUGAAUUAGAAAUUUUAGAAACAGAACCAUUUCAUAAAUUCGCUAUUCCAAUUAAAUCUGAAGAAUAUGAGUCAGAUUCUGGCAAUGGAUUAUCAUGUCGAUUGGAGUUUACAUAUACUGCAAAAUAUCCUGAUGUACCACUUAUUGUUUCUAUUGAAGAUGAAGAAAAUUUUUAUGAAGAUGACAUCGAAAAGCUUAUGGAACACUUACAGGAGCAAAUAAAUGAGAAUUUAGGAACUGUUAUGGUAUUUACAUUAGUUAGCACAGCUCAAGAAUGGCUUAACGUUCAAUGGGAUAGAACAAAGUUGAAUAGAGAAGAAAAUGCAGCUAGAAAAUUAAAAGAAGAAGAAGAAGCUGAAAGAAAAAGGUUUGAAGGAACCAGAGUUACGGUAGAAUCAUUCUUAAGUUGGAAAGAAAAGUUCAAUGAAGAAAGUGGUUAUAAUAAACGAAAGGAAUUAGCUGAUAAAGAAGGGAAAAAACUUACUGGCAGAGAAUUAUUUGUAACAGACAAAUCUCUUGACCAAUCUGAUCUUAAAUUCUUAGAUGAUGCUAGUACCGUAAAAGUAGAUGAAAGUCUUUUCCAAAAUCUGGAUGAUCUUGACUUGGAUGAUGAUGAUAAUGAUGAUGACAAUGAUGAUGAUGAUGAUGAUGAUGAUGAUGAUGAUGAUCCAGAUUACAAUCCAAAUGCUUCUGAUGAUAGUGUAUAAAUGAACAGUUUAUAAUAUAGUGUUGUCGUUAUUAAUUACAGAAUGUGAUGAGUUGAUAAAAGAAUUAUAAAAAUUAAAAUAUUAGCUCAGUGAAAUCUUACAUUCUCUCAAUUCUACAAACACUUGUGAUUUCAUAUUUAAUAAAAUUGACUCUGAACAAUAGUUGUUUGGGAUAAGUGGUUUUUUUUUAACAGUGUAGAAAACAACAGAAUAUUUUUAUUCAUAAAGCUUUAUUUAAGUAAAUGCAUCUUACUGGUACUUUUACCUAAAAAUACCUCAGUUAAUUAAUUCAAUUGUAUAUUUCAUUUGUUUUAAAAUUUAUAUUUUAUUUUCUCGAAGCUCAAGGUGUAUCCAUACUUAAAACAGGUUUUAUUGUUAUCUUUGCUUUCAUAAAUUUUUACCCAAAGCAUAAUUAAUAAUAAAUUUAUCACAAUUGUAAGACCAUAAAAUUCCACACCUCUUUAACAAAUUUAAAGAAACAAUAAAUUUUUAAAUAAACCUGUAGUCGAAUUUCAUACA